UUUCUGCUUUAGUUUCGUGUCAAGAAUGUGCGAGAAUCACACGCGUGUCCUUAUGAUGAAAAUUGUGCUCGGGUAUUUACGGGUGAACGUGGAGUUUAUCCUGUGUUGAAAGAGAGAUUAUUCGAAGUCUUGAAGAAUUAUCCAAAGAUUCGAAAAACGAUCGAAAUAGUUUUAUCUUUCGGCUGUAUGGUUACGAUUAAUUACAGUUGUCAGCAGCCCUCUGAUGUAACUUUAAAUAUUUUAAGUAACCAUUGUAGAGAAAAUUUAAUUAUUAGCAAUUAAAGCUAAGUGAUGAAGGUAAAGCGCGGUUUCGCGCUCGCUAUAUAAAUGGAAAAUCUAAUAAGAGGAUACCUGCGAUCUAAAGGAGGCAAGUAGAAAAUGCCGCGCGCGCGAACGGAAGUGUUCGACGUGGUGGAAGUGGAGAAACCAUCGAGGUGCAUCAGAUUCCUCCGGCUGCUAUGGAAAUUCAGCAGAUGCAUCUUCUCUCACGUGACGUUAAUCUCUUUGGUGGUUGCUUAUUGUCUAAUCGGCGCAUACGCUUUCGAGUCACUGGAGGCGAAACAUGAGAAGGAGGUGAAGAUGAGUAUCAAGAGUAUACGAGAAAACGUUUCGGAAAAACUAUGGGAAAUUACGAAGGAUUUCGACGUGUUGAUUCGCGAAAAUUGGACAGAGCAGGCAUUGAACAAGCUGGAGGAAUUUGAGAAAUGCCUUUUGGAAAAAAUGGAGAAGGAAGGAUGGAAUGGCAACGAAAAGGAGGAUAAAUUGCAAUGGACAUUUUCCGGUGCUCUUUUCUAUUCCAUUAUCGUCAUCACAACAAUUGGAUACGGUCACAUUGCACCAAAAACGAAAAAUGGAAAAGUAGUGACUAUUUUUUACGCCAUUCUCGGCAUCCCACUUAUGUUGCUCUGCCUAUCAAAUAUCGGAGACGUGAUGGCGUCGAGUUUUAGGCGGUAUGGAUCAAGUAGAGGUCCUUUUCGUCGAUCCAUCAGAGUGAGUCAACGAUCAGCUGACUCGGCCUUAGGGCUCUCCGAAAGUAUGACAAAGUCUUCGUACUCUGAUACUGAUUGCAGGUAUAUGUCUCGACGAUUGGAAGGAAGUGAAUCAAAACCAAUCGGUUAUACACCUUCUACAAAUCAUCCAAUGGAAAUUAAGGCCGCAACUGUGCCACGUUAUUCGGAUAUUCCAAUGGCGACUCCGAGAAGCGUAAGAGCCAGUCCCAAAAUAACGACACAGUCACUGGACAGAAAAUUGCUGAUGAAUCCGAAUGAAGCGGAUCGCUCACCGGUUUUGUGCAACAGAUAUGCAUUGGAUGAUUUGGAAGAUGAAACAUCGAGGUGGCAGUUACCUCAAAAUAAAGUCGAGAACUCAGAGAAACCGCAAAGCACAGAAAUGGUUGAAGAGUUGGAUGGCGUUGAAAAACGAACUUCGUUUAGCCGCAGAUCUUUGCCGAGAAGAUGUCUUUCUGUAGAAGGAGCUACGACGACGAAUAGAGCGAGUUCAUUUUCAGGACACCGACCAGCUUCGAUCUAUUUGGAAAUGGAAUAUAUGAAAAGAUCGCAGUCUAGCAAAAGUAGACGCACUAGGAGCAAUUAUUCUGUUGCGCGUUCUUAUAAACGGGGACCGCUGCCGUCGCCUAGAAUUAUGUCACCAAUGGGAUUUGCUGUUCAUCGACAGGUUUAUGCCGAUGAUAUUGAUUUUGACUACGAUUACUAUUCUGGUACGGAUGAUCAGGAAAGACAACCGACCAAGCCCGUGCCUAUUUGGCUGUGUGUCUUUCUGGUCGUCAGUUAUAUACUUGGCGGCGCUUAUCUCUUCAACCGGUGGGAAGGUUGGCCGUUCCUUGAGUCGGCUUACUUCUGUUUCAUCACGUUGACCACCAUCGGUUUUGGCGACUAUGUGCCGGCGUUGGACGCGCAGAAGGGCAUCGCCCUUUGUUCUCUCUACCUGCUAUUUGGAAUUGCCUUGCUGGCAAUGAGCUUUAAUCUGGUGCAAGAGGAAGUCAUCAACAACAAAGAGGAGGAAGAAGCCGAGGACUACGACGAAUACGACGCCGAGUACGAAGAUGAGGUCUAUGAAAACGAGCCCAAGCUCUGA